CACUGUCUAACAUAACACUGAUGAUCUAGUGGAGCAAGCAUAAUAUACUUUGCUGCUAUCAAAGAUGACUCUUACCUUGGUUGAAUACCUUCUUCUGACCCUGAUUAUUUCAGUACUCAUCUACUCUACAUGGAAUUCCCUAUACCGAAGACGUAACUUGCCUCCAGGACCAACACCAUUACCCAUUGUUGGAAAUGUCUUCCACAUUAAGAGAGGAGAGAUGGUCAAAUCAUUGAUGGAGUUAAAAGAGAAAUAUGGCUCAAUAUACACUGUGUAUUUUGGACAUUAUCCUAUAGUUGUCUUGUGUGGUUACGACACUGUCAAAGAAGCAUUAAUUGACCGUGCAGAAGAAUUCGGGGGUCGGGGAAGACUUCCCACCAUUGAUCAAUUUGUGAAAGGAUAUGGGGUCGUUUUUAGCAAUGGGAGUAGAUGGAAGGAUUUGCGCAGAUUUUCCCUUACAACCCUAAGAAAUUUUGGCAUGGGAAAGAAAUCCAUUGAAGAAAGGAUCCAAGAAGAAGCCCAUUUUCUCAUAGCAGAGAUCAAAUCACAAAAAGAACAAUUUGUUGACCCGACCAGAUUUCUAGGCCAGUGUGUCUCAAAUGUAAUUUGCUCCAUUGUGUUUGGAAACCGCUUUGAAUACAACAAUUAUAGCUUCCAGAAGCUCCUGGGCAUGUUUAAUGCUGUAUUUCAGGAUAUGAGCGGUGUGUAUGGACAG